AUGCUGAACUUCAUGGGUAUAAACUUUGUGUUGCUGCUCUCAGCAGCAGCAGCAACAGUAGAGAGAGUGGACUAUGACUACUACAAGUACCAUCCCAUGGAGGAGAUCAGUACAUGGAUGGCUCAGAUGGUGAAGGAUUACCCUGAUCUGGUCACCAUCGUGGACUAUGGACAGACUUAUGAAAAGAGGACCAUUAGCUUGCUGAAGAUUGGUUUAAAUACUGAGUACAAAAAGAAAGCGAUCUGGAUGGACUGUGGUAUUCAUGCCAGGGAAUGGAUCGCUCCAGCCUUCUGUCAGUACUUCGUAAGACAGAUUCUGCAAACAUACAGAUCUGAUCCGAAAAUGGAAAAGAUGAUGAAGAAUGUGGAUUUCUACGUCACGCCAGUGCUCAACAUCGAUGGCUACAUCUUCUCCUGGAAGGACAGCACAACUCGACUGUGGAGGAAGAACAGGUCACCGGGACCUUCAGGCGACUGUUACGGCACUGAUCUCAACCGCAACUUUGAUGCCAACUGGGGCACUAUUGGAGUUUCAUCUAACUGCAGCUCAAACAUCUACUGUGGGACAAGGCCCAUAUCUGAGCCUGAGGCCCAAGCUGUAACUUACUUCGUAGGAAGCAGAAAGGACGACUUCCUGUGUUUCCUCACCAUCCACUCCUACGGCCAGCUGCUCCUGGUUCCCUACGGACACCCCAAUUUCACCGCCUCCAACUACAAAGAGCUGAUGGAGGUGGGACUGAAAGCAGCUGAUGCCAUUUACAAGGUCCAUGGGAAACACUACACCGUUGGAGCCUCACCAGAUGUAUUAUACCCCAACUCUGGUUCAUCCAGAGACUGGGCUCGGAUGCAGGGGAUCCCUUUAACCUACACCUUUGAGCUGAGAGAUAAUGGGACACAUGGCUUCCUCCUCCCUGAGGAUCAGAUCCAGCCAACCUGCGAGGAGGCCUACAGCGGUGCUCUCCACAUCAUCACCUACGCCCACGAUAAGGCCUUUAACGCCGCCGUAGCAACCACGGUCAUGACCCUUUGGACCAUGCUGUUAGCAGCGGGCAUCACCGGAGCCAACCUGAUGUGAGGAGAAAAGAUGUUUUGCUUUCAUUCAUCCUGAUCUAAACGCCGCUGGUGUUUAGAUUUAAGUCAAAUUCAGGAAAAAGG